GAGACCCUCCACCCCACAGCCAUGUCCUGCUACGACCUCUGCCGCCCCUGCAGUGGGGGACCCACCCCGCUGGCUAACAGCUGCAACGAGCCCUGUGUCAGGCAGUGCCAGGACUCCCAGGUCGUCAUCCAGCCCUCCACCGUGGUGGUCACCCUGCCGGGACCCAUCCUCAGCUCCUUCCCCCAGAACACCGCCGUCGGAUCCUCCUCAUCAGCUGCCGUGGGCAGCGCCCUCAGCGCCCAGGGAGUGGCCAUCUCCUCCGGCGGCUUCGGCUUCGGAGGCCUGGGCUGCUUCAACGGCGGCAGAGCCCGCUACCCCUGCUAAGGGCCUGCGCCCACACCCU